AUGGCAGACAACGUCAAGGGCGGCAAGUCCAGAAGCAGCCGAGUCGUUGACUCCGUCAAUGAGAAGGCCCAGGGAAUCCUGAGGGAAGACCUUCACAAGGCCAAGGACGUGGCGUAUCAAGCGCUCAAGAGCAGGGCUUAUCUGUAUCCCAUCAAGGGUAUUGCUUACUUUCUCUCGCACAAAUCUCUCUGGAGACCGUUCAUCUCCAAAAUCGGCUCGUAUCUCACUCUGUCUGCGGGUGUAAUAGGCGGCAUGUUUGCUUUCACCUACCUUCCACAGCUUGCCGUGCUCAUCUUCACGAGCGGUCCACUCGCCGUCUUUUCUACGGUUGUGCUCGUACUGAAUGAAAGUUCAACUAUCACAAAUUUAAUCUCUAGGAACUGGAUCCUUCAGCAGUCAAUCCUCGACACAUUUGACGGCACACUGAUCUCCAGAAAUGCUGUCAACAUGGUCCGUGAGGGCCGCGAGGUCAAGUCUGGAAGCGACCCGAUGAAGAGGCUGGGUAAGACGUUGAAGAGCCCCUUCACAAAGUUUAGUCCGACGGCUAUUAUUCGAUACAUCAUGUAUCUGCCUCUUAACUUCAUCCCUGUGGUUGGCACAGCCAUGUUUCUCUUUCUUCAAGCCCGAGCCAGGGGGGCCCUCGUUCAUGGUCGUCUGAAGAAUUGGUCGGCUGCGCAACGCCGCGAAUGGGUAGAAAGACAUGCCGGCGCCUACACAGCCUUCGGCUUUGUAGCCACUUUGCUGGAAAUGGUGCCCGUUGCCAACAUCUUUUUCACCUACACCAACACUGUCGGGGCCGCAUUGUGGGCCGCAGAUAUCGAGGAGCUAAACACAAACAUGACGGAUGAAACGGCACCGACCCUUCGAGAGGCGGCAAAGAAGGCCCAAUAG